GCUUUGCUCUGCUCCUUUCGCAUCUCCCUUGCACCAGCGCGAAGCGCCACAUACGCGAGUCCCCAGUGCGCUGUAGUGAACAAAAGCCGUGUGUUUAUCCAGUGUCGGCCGCGUGUGCGUGAGCCAUGGUCGUCGGUACGAGCGCGCUGAUGGCGCUGCUCGCGCUGCUGGGGCCGCUGCCAAUGGCCCUCGCUGCGUUGCCGGCAUACCCGUCGUUCCUGGUGCCCAAGACCUUCACCAGGCAUCCCAAGUGUGGUGGUACGUUUACGAGCGGGAGGCCGCUGUGGGUCAGCUAUGAGUGGUGGUGGGACAACGACCUGUCCAGCUCCAGAGUGCAGCCUCUGGGCCACAGCGCGCAGCGUGGGUGCAUGCCGUACAACCAGCAACUUCCACGCAAGGGCACCUUCAAACUGGACAGCUUGAAGUAUCAAAACCCCGGCAUAUUGCGGGACCUGCAACUCCGACUGUGGCGCCCAGGCUUUAAGUUUGUCAAGAAAUCAGAGACGGACGUAAUCAAACCACUCCCUGAGUGCAAUGACGCCUCAUUAAUGGACGGCGUGAGCAUCCCAUAUGGCCCCGUCGGAUGCAAGUACCGCGUAUGGCGCUCAGCCCUGACCCCGCUUCUCUGCACACAGACGGGCGGCAAAGUCGCCAAGGUGUUCAGCCUGUCGACCAACGACGAUGCCGCAUCGCGCAUCAACUGCGGCUGGAGCGACAGCAUCCCGUACGACACCACCAAGGGUGUGCCGGGGUCCGGCAACGUAAUGUUCGAGAUCAUGACCAACUCUUAUUUUUACCCAGACUCCGUGGUGCAGCGUGGCACCAAUCCAGAGAGGAUCGAGCGGCGCACCAUGCAGAUUCUGGGCACUCUGCCCUUUGCCCUGCCCGACAUUUCCGGCUACCCCUGCGUCGCCCCUUUCUGUGGGUGGAACGACCCCACCAGUCACAGGCUUGAGAUGAAGGGGUGGACAGAUGACACGCAGUUCACGGUGGUGAACGUGUGGCCCAUCUUCCUCAUCCCCGUUGGCGGUGUCUACCGCAUGCAAAUCAAGGCCUCCCGCAUCACUGAGCCGCCAAAGGCAGAUGCUGAGUAUCCCGGCUACCCUGUAGCCCGCCACAUCAUCACCUUUGACGACGAUUUUGACGUGGACAAGCCCGGCAAAGUAUGGCGCAACAAGACCGGCUUCCUGUAUGACGAGCCGGUGAUGAUCAACAUGAACAAAGAUGUGGGGCCUGGCUGGCACAAGAUGACAGUCCAAGGCAAAGCAACCGACACCGUCUUGGCCUCCCUGAGCACGUACAUUGAGGUGGCGCCCUCGUGUCCCAAGACCACCUCGGUGCCCUUCUUCACGCAUGUUACCGAGGAUGGGCUUGGGAAACUGAGCUUGACUGUUGCCAAUGGCUACAAGGCGCCGAAUUUUGGGGGGGAUGAUGUUCACAAGCUUGACCACUCGGUCCCUUCCGCCUCAUUGAACUGGAUAGACCUGUCGUUUGACCUCUCCUUCUUGUCCGCGGCGACCACGUUUGCCAGCGUCGACCUGCACUUGUGGCUUUCCAGUUUGUCCCCCACCACCCUGACCUACACCAAGCCCAUUCCACUGGAGGUCUACGACGGCAGUCGGAAGCUGAAGGAUUUCUGCACCCCCGAUUGCCCGCCAAGGAGCACUGGCACCUGCUUCCAAUGCCCGCCAGGCACAAUCAGCCCAGACAUCCCCUGCGCAAAGCCCGGCUGUGACGGGACUCUGGUUGGCAGUAGUACCCUCGUUGCCAAAAACGCCUUGUCGUUCCUUAAGAUCAGGCUUUCAGCCACGUAUGUGAAGAAGUUUGUGGGUCCCACCAAGGGCCUGAUGCGCCUGGCGGUCGUCAUGCCCCGCUUCCGUCUUGGCGCCAAUGACCAAAUCACGAUUAGGGGGUCGCAGGGCCCUUCGGCGCCCAUGCUGGUGAUGAGUGCCAGCUGCACCGGCUGAAGACAAACCAUGAACCAUGUACCUUGAUGCUCUGAGAAGAUGAUUAGCUAUUAUGGAAUUGUCCAAUGUGUGCUGUUAUGUGGAAUGACUUUUUUUUGGCGUGUGUUUUAUGUCAAUGAUUCUGCAACGUCUUGAAGCCCAACUUGAAACCCAACUUGAAACUCUCUACAAGAUUGAGCCACGCUCCCUCCUGGUCUCUUGUCACCAGGCUGGCUUGUUCCUUUUUUUUAACGUUUGUGCAACCGGAAGAGAAAGCUUUCAACUGUUUUCUUGCAUCAGGGCACAAACUCUUGUGCUUUUAGUCUCUGCCCGUAC